GUCACGGCUGGUGGCUGCGUUCACGACCCGAGAUGAGGCCGAUGCACGCGCUCUUGAUGCGUCACGGCAAAGCGUCCCAGCCAUGCAUCCCAGAUGUUGCAUGUUCCAGCGCUAUGACCAUCGAGCGAGGACUUUGCUAGAUCCUGACGUAGGCGCACUGAUGAGCAUCGAGUGGAGUGCUCUGUGGGUCUUGCGUGCAACAUCACGCCAUGCGUUACUCAGUGCACUGCGCGCAGGGGUCUGACGUUGAAGUGAUACGGUCGAGCACCCGCCGCAGAAGGUCCCGGAAGCCGGCAACCUCAAGCUCUGUUGCAGAUCGACAGAACAACGCGCGAUCCGCUGCCCCCGUCCAAGCCAAUGGCGACGAACGGAUCGAGCGAGGAGGAUGCCGUCUUGCUGGACAAUCUCGUCUUUGCCUUUAGCAGCGAUCAGACGGCCGUACUGCGCGGUAUCGAUCUGCACCUCAAGCAAGGCUCGAGAUGUCUCCUCGUCGGUGCAAACGGUGCCGGCAAAUCCACGUUGCUCCAGAUCUUAGCGGGCAAGCGACUCACAAAGGGCAAAGCCAAGGUGCUGGGGCAGGACCCUUUCAGGAAGACGCCUGCCGGGGUGACCUAUCUCGGCACAGAGUGGGCCAAUAAUCCUGUCGUCAGGUCGGAUCUCGGCGUUGCUCACUUUCUCGAUUCUGUGGGCGGAUACAGACACAAAGAGCGCAGGGAUCGCUUGCUAGACAUCCUCGAUGUGGAUCUCAAAUGGCACAUGCACCAGAUCAGCGACGGCGAACGACGACGCGUGCAGAUCGUCUCUGGUCUCAUGGCACCUUGGACGCUCCUGCUCCUCGAUGAAGUCACCGUUGACCUCGAUGUGCUCGUUCGAACGAAGCUGCUCGCCUUUCUACGCGAGGAAUGUGAUACACGUGGCGCAACAGUCUGCUAUGCCACCCACAUCUUCGACGGGCUGGACUCUUUCCCCACGCAUGUCUGUCACAUUCAGCUCGGCAAGACGACGACGCCUGCGCCAUUGCUUUGGCCUUUCAAGGGCGAACCGGAGGGAGUACCUGCUGGCGUAUUGGACAGAAUGAACGAUCCCAAUCGAGCGGGCAGUAGGCUGCUCGAACUUGCUCUAGCUUGGCUUGCCGAAGACAAGGAGGAGAGGAAGAAGCUCGAGGAGGCUGGCGAAGAGGGUUUCAGCAAGCGGGGCGCCAAUAGCGAUCCAUCCGACUCGGAGUCGUUCUACAGAAAAUACGACUACGGUCAUUAGACAGCAUCAACGCAAACGCUCGCAUGAAUCGUCUUGCAAGUCCUGUAUGCCAUACACGUUGUACUGCGAUGUCUAUGCAAAAGACAGCAUGACCAGAACGCUAUGCGUACUGAUCGAUGAGGGUAUCGCGCAUGUUGCCGAUUGCGUCUGUCGUCUGACCGCCCAGCUUGAAUGCAGCCUCGAUGACCGAGAUUUCUGUCGCUGUGGUGUCGAGCCCGACAAAAGAUGCCCACAUUGACGACCAUGCCUGCACCGAUGACAUCCGAGCCUCGGUUGACUGUGCCUGCCACGAGAGGAACUUGUAACAAGCUCGACAGCUCGUCCUGGUCUUGUAUGCUCGUCUUGGGAUGUACGAGAGCACCCUGAUUUGAGAGGGCGCAGUAUGAGCCUACCAGGACGUUGUCGGC